AUGUUGACGUGCCGAGGGUUGCUGAUCGCAGCCGCGAUCGCGGCCACGGCCCCCGCUAGUCUGCCCGGCCCCCCCGGGAGCCCGGCCCCCCCCGCGGCGCCGGGGGCCUGCCGCCUCUCGGAGUACCCCUGCACCAACGGGCGCUGCGUCGCCCAGGACCGCUUCUGCGACGGAGAGGAUGACUGCGCCGACAAGUCCGACGAGCCGGAGUACUGCUCUCCCUGCAACCGGACACUUUACGGCGACGUGGGCCGCACCUACGAGGUGGAGGUACGGCGACCGCGGGAGCACCAGCUACCCUUCCUCUGCCACCUGAACUUCACCGCUGCCGGCGGCGAUUUGGGCGACCUGGUCCAGCUGACGUUUGACGCCUUCACCGUCGGCCGUUUUGACUCGUACACUGCUGAGGGAUGUCCCGACGGCUACGUAACCAUCCGCGAGGCGGGCCUCCCGGCCACGGGUGGCCAGUGGUGCGGCAGUGCCUGGGGGUACACCGUCUAUUACAGCGAGACGCCCUCCAUCGACCUGGCGCUCUACGUCUCGCGGCUCUUCGAGCAGGGCAUGGAAUACAACUUCGACUUAAAGCUCUCCUACAAGUUCCUGCGCCGAGGCGAGGCCCAUCUACGCUACGGGAACAGCAGUCUGCCCAUAUGGAGAGGCGAGCUCGUCAACGGGACCUACUGCGACAGGGUGCUGACCAGGUGCGACGAACGUGCCUGCAGGGUGCAGUCCCCGAACUACCCGGGCGUCUACCCCCGGAACGUCACCUGCUACUACCGCAUCGAGCAACCUAGGGCACCCCCGGGGCACCGCGCGUUGCUUGCUGUCGGUCAACGCAACGGCCACAAGAUCCACAUCAAGGACCGCGUCGUCAAAUACGACCGCAGCCAGCGCGUCCUUAAGGUUUGGGGACAGUGCAACAUCGUCCAGGAUUAUUUAACCAUCUACGACGGAGGUUCGACCACAGACCGCGUACUCGUGAGGCUCUGCGGCGGCGAUGCCGUCCCCAACAUCAUCAGCAGUCGCGGCACCAUGCUGCUCGAGUUUCACACGUCGCCCUUCGACAAUCCCUUCCAUCCGGUGCCGCUUUCCUUCCUACCCGGGUUUGAGUUAGAGGUCCAGGUCCUUUUCGUGGACGAACGGCCACACGGCCUCGCCAAGGGCGCCGAUGACUGCGACCUAUAUGUCCUGAGUUCAGAGAAGUCGGCUGGGGUGCUGGAGAAUCCGAAGCAUUCGCUGCCGCCCAACACCACCUGCAGGUACCACUUCCAGGGUCGGCCUGGAGAGGUCGUGUGGAUCUCGUUCGUCAAGUACCACGCGGCUGCGGCCGACCCGGCCGUUGGGCUUGAUGGGUCCGGCGACUGCGGCGCCCGGCUACUCAUCUGGGACGGCGACCCAGCGGAAGCCAACGAGACAAGAAAGAACGCCACGCUGAUGGGCCGCUUCUGCAAGGACGACGUGCCGCGGCUUUGCGACCAUGGGCUGCUGCGGAAUGGCAGCCACCUAGCUCGGCCCUGCAGCCUAGCCGAAAGCUACGUCUCCUCUGGACGGCGUCUUACCCUGGAACACGCGCUGCGCCAGGGCAGCGCCCUCUAUCCCGUGGGGUUCGCGCUCCGCUAUGAGUUCGUCGAAGAGCCGGCGCCUUGCGACCGCGUCUUCCGACCUGGACCUGGUCCUGGCGGCGCGUCCUUGACGUUUGGAUCCCCUCGGAGCGUCUUCCUCUUUCAGCGCGGUGGGGCGCGCAAUCUAAGCUGCGUCUACCGUUUCGAGCCGCGUGCUGAGCAGCGACUGGAGCUCUGGAUCGUGCGGGCCUCUUUCGGGGGCCGGGCCUGCGCCACCCGGCUGGACCCACUGGUGGGCCGGUGGACCUGUCUACGCGAGGACCGCCAUGAAGGCGUCGCCGAACUAGUCGUCGCCGAACUGCCCUGGGAGGGCGUGCGCCUGGGUCGUGCCUGCCUCUGCUCGAAUCUCACCGAGCGGCUGCCGGUUAGACCCCUGGCUGCUGGCGCUGUCGAGGUGCGCUUCACCAUCAGCCUGAUGGCCGGCGGACAGGAUUAUCGGGACUUCUUCUUCGAGGGCGAGUAUCGGUUCGUCGCAGCCGGUGGUGGAGCGGGAGGGGCCGGGUGCUCGCGCGCGCGUCUCGAGGAGCGUCGUCUGCGUGGCACCAGCGGAGAGAUCUCCUUGCGUGGUCCUCUGCCCGGAUUGGCUGCCGUCGAGGAGGUGCUGGCCGAGUCGGAGGACCUCUCGGCCACGCGUUGCGUCGCCGAGCCCUGGCUCAUCGAGCCCGAGGACCCUCGUGGCGGGUUCCUGUACCUAAGGACGGCCGGCUACGCCCUCGGGGCCGAGGCCGAGGGCUGCCCCACGUCGAACCGCAUCGUCGUCUACUGGGCUGCCGACACGGCCGAGCGAACGGUCGUCUGCCCAGAGACCGGCGCGCGGCGCGCCGUCGACUUCUUCUCGCCCGGGUGGAACUUAUCGGCCGGCGCCCCGGAUGGCCAGGCCGUCCUGCACCGGCACGCCCGCAGCUUCGUCGUCGAGUUCCUGCAACGGGAGCCCGGCUUUCACGCCGUCACCUGGAUGGCCAUCUCGAGGCGGCGCGCGCCGCUGGCUGCUGCGCCCGGUCCCGAAGAGUGCCCUUACAGGUGCCCCGAGAUCCAAGCGUGUAUCAGCCCGGUUCUCUGGUGCGACGGCGUGCGCCAUUGCCCCUCGGGCUUCGACGAGGACUCCGGGUGCUCGUACCGGUUCGGCGUGACGCUGCUGUACGUGGCCGUCGCCGCCGGGGCGCUCGGCGUCUUCCUCGUCCUCCUGCUGGCCACCGGCUGCCUCAAGUACUGCCUUUACCGGCACCGCGCGCGCAAGCGCAGGAAGCGGAAGGGCGUAGCCGUCGCCGUCGCCGUCGACGCGAACCAUCACCACCACCACCAUCUCCACCAUCCGGCGACGCAUCACCACCAUCACCGCGACAACGGGCUGGCCGGCCGCUACGGCGACAUGUACCUCGAGGCCCACGGCAAGGAUGACAUUAAUUGUAACAAAAUUAUUUUUUUCUGGGCAUUUAUUCUACAUCCAUGGGUCUCAUCCACGCGCUUCAAGGUGUUCUUAGAAGACGCCGCAAACGAAACCGCCGUCAGCAGCGUCCAAGCGGAGUUAUCUGGAGAAGAUUUGGACUUUGUCGACUCAAAGUUGAGUCGUUCGUCCUCGACCAAUGCCUGGAAUGUCGAGGAGAAUAAUGCCGAAGAAAUGGUCACUCCGCGAUCGACCGACUUCUCUGGAAAUGAGUUCAACGUGGGACUCUCUACGGAAAAUGUGUCACUUGACGACGGCGUUGGCGAUUGCGCAGAAUCGACGUUUGUUUCAACUUCGAAGAAGAUCGUGGACAUACGGGACAAAGAGGAAGAAGUUUCAAACAUUUCGCAGAAAAACGACGAUGAACUCAAAAAGAAGUUAUCCAUUUCUGGAAAUGAGUCGCGUGAAGAUCUGCUCGAGAAACCCGACCAGGAGAAAAAGAGCGAAUCUUUGAAAAAAUCAUCUGCAAAUUGCCCGACUGAACAAGAAUCAAAUGCAAUGGAGAAUCCCGCUGGGUUAGAAGAGUCUUUGUUCAUCUCAAGGACUCAGGGGAGUGGAGAUAAGACCGAUCCGGGACCCCUGCGUCUUCCUCUAAGUAUCCUCGAGGAGUUUGGUGCAACUUGUAAGAAGGAAAUCGAAUUCAAGAAGGCACUUAACCAAUCCAAGAGACCUGUCUUCAAGUGCCUCUUCGCGGGAUGUACAGUCGAAGCGUGUGGUAAUUCGGAAUCGAUCACGAAAAAUGAAGCUGCAGCGAGGAUGCUGAAGUUUCUGGCGGGGAAACAAAUGGACGACGAGAGCAUCCCGGGAAUUCCUCCUUUCGCAAUCGAACAGAUGACGGAGAUUGUUAGUUUCAUGGAGGAAACGUCAGAUACUCCUGUAAGAGAGUUGUACAAACUUUGUUUGAAAAACCGAGUCAAGGAGCCGGUUUAUACAAUCCAGAAGGAAACUGUUCCCGUGGGAUUUCGAGUCACCUGUCAGGCUUUGCAGCUCACGGCCGAAGCACACGGCAAGAGAGAAGUCUCCGCCAGGAAUUCGGCAGCAAGCAGUCUUCUCGAAAAGUACAAAAAGCUGCAAGAAGCGUGA